AGAUGGUUAAAAUAUAAUAUUCAAAAAGCUUGACGUCAUUUUGAUGCUAAAAAGAAUAUUAAAUUUCAUACAAUCUAAGCCAAUUUUCAUAAAAAUGUCAGAAGUAUUGGUUGGACCAGUUUCAGUGAAGAAAAGAAAAGGAGAGGAAGGAAAUGACAUCUCAGCUGAAGUGAAGUCCAAGAAAAAAAAGAAAGCUCAUGUGGUUCAGUUAGGCAAAUGUGAGGGCUGCAAAAGAAAAAUAGCAAUGCUUGUUGCUUACAAUGGAAAUGGCUAUUAUGGUGUACAGAUCAAUCCUGGCUUUCCAACCAUUGAAAGUGAAUUUUUCCCUGCCCUGGUGAAAAUUGGUGCAGUACCCCAGGACCAUGCAGACACACCCUCCAAGAUGUGGUUCCAGAGAGGGUCUAGAACAGAUAAAGGAGUCUCUGCAGCUGGGCAAAUCUUCUCAAUGAAGGUUACUUUGGUUCCUGAUCUUAUAACAAGACUAAAUGAAGCUCUGCCACCUCAGAUCAGAGCCAUAGGAUAUGUUCGUACAACAAAUGGCUUUGAUUCUAAAAAGUAUUGUGACAGCCGAACAUACAUGUAUAUCAGGGUUCUCCAAACUUUUCAGUCCGAG